CCUAAGCUCAGUCCUCCUCUGGAAUCUAAAGCCUCCUAAGCAUUCAGAAUCAGCCUGAGAGGGACAAGUAGACCGCUGUAUGGGCUCUACUGAAGAGAUCAAGUCUUUCUGGAACCUCAACUGCCUCCCAAGGAUGCUCCCUUCCCAGUCCUAUGUCAACAUCUCCUUCUUCCAGCCACCUGCUUUCCUGAUGAUUGGCAUCCCAGGGCUGGAGGCCCUCCACGCCUGGAUCUCCAUCCCCUUCUCCUCCAUGUACACUGUGGCCCUAACUGGCAACUGCCUGAUCCUCUUGGCUGUGAGGAGGACUCCCAGCCUGCACCAGCCCAUGUACUACUUCCUGUCCAUGCUGGCCCUCACAGACGUGGGCCUCACCUUGUCCACACUGCCCACCACGCUGGCCGUGCUCUGGUUCGACCGUCGGCUCAUCGGCUUCAAUGCCUGCCUGGUGCAGAUGUUCUUCCUCCACUCCUUCUCUGUGGUGGAGUCCUCGGUGCUCCUGGCCAUGUCAUUUGACCGCUUUGUGGCCAUCUCCAACCCCCUGCGCUAUGCAGCUGUCCUCACAAACAAUGUCAUCAUCAAAAUUGGGGUGGCCAUUGUGGCUCGAGCUACUGUCUCCCUCUUCCCAGUGCCCUUCUUACUGAAGCGGCUGAACUUCUGCCCUGGCAAGAUCCUCUUGUCCCACUCAUUCUGUUUCCAUGCAGAUGUCAUGAAAUGUGCCUGCACUGACAUUACUGUCAACAUUGUCUAUGGGCUGUAUGUGGUCCUAUCUACAGUGGGUGUAGACUCCCUGCUAAUUGUCCUCUCCUAUACCCUUAUUCUUCACACUGUGAUGGGUCUGGCUUCUCCCAGGGAACGUGUCCGGGCCCUCAACACUUGUGUUUCUCAUAUCUUAGCUGUUCUGAUUUUCUACAUCCCAGUCAUAGGUGUGUCCAUCAUCCACCGUUUUGCGAGGCAACUGCCCCACGCUAUACAUGCUCUUGUUGCCUAUGUGUACCUGGUGGUGCCCCCUGUGCUCAACCCCAUCAUCUACAGUGUCAAAUCCAAGCCCAUCAGGGAGGCCAUGCUCAGAGUGCUGAGGGGGAAAGGCCAAGGCUGACAAAAACCAAGAAAACAACCACAGAAUCUCAGGGAAACAUGACCAAACUGUCACAUGUCACAUGUCUUUACUCAGAUCCCUGAAACAGACACAUUAUCAAGAGUAUGAUAAGCGUAUGGAUACUCUCGGACUGGUGAGUGAAGAACAUCUUAAUUCUUUUCUUCACUUGUUAACAAGCUUUGUUACUCAAUAUUUACUUGUGCAAAUAUCUG